AUGGAGACAGUUCAGAUUCUGCUAAAUUACCAAACACAAACAUUGUCAAGCAUCGUUUCUGAUCUUUUUAUUCAUGUUUCAGUGUUCCUGGUCUACAUCUCAGUGGUGGUCCUAUUACUGAUCAUACUGAUCGGGCGAUUUUCUCCAGCUCACGGAAAAUCCAACAUUAUGGUGUACGUGGGCAUUUGUUCUCUCCUCGGGAGCUUCACUGUGCCCAGCAGCAAAGGUCUGGGACUGGCUGCUCAGGAGGCCUUCAGUGGAACAUCUACAAGUGAUAGCAGAGCACUUUACCUCUUCCUGGGGUUGCUGGGAAUUCUUUUAGUCAGCAUUAUGAUCCAGUUUACCUUUAUCAACAAAGCCUUGGAGUGCUUCAGCUCUAACAUGUUUGAGGCCAUUUACUAUGUGACGUUCACCUCUUGUGUCAUUCUGGCUUCUGCUAUUCUCUUCAGGGAAUGGACAGCACUUGGCAUUGUGGACUGUUUUGGUAUCCUGUGUGGUUUCAUCACAGUAUCUGUGGGUGUUGCCUUAUUGCGCAUCUCUCAAGAAGCUACAUUUACUUGGAGCCAAACCAGAGUUAAAAAGGACUAACUCAUGAGUAUUUUUUUAACAAUAACUGACAAUUUCACAAACAUUUUUUGGAUAUUAUGUAUUAAUAUUAAUUAACCAUUGCAGAGCCAAAUAAGGAAGAGGUCCUUUAACAUUUUAUAUACUAAAUUAUAUUUAAAAAUAAUUAUUGUAUUCUAAUAAUGUUUUGAAUAAGUAUUAACUCUGAGAAUUUUUUUUUUUUUUUUUGUAUAAAUGUAAAUGGAAUAAAGUAGUUAAUUGU